GGUGCCGAAGCUCCUGGAGAUGAUCCACCUGAAGCUGCAGGAGGUGCCGGAGGAGUCGGUCCGCAAGGCCACCCAGCAGACGGUCUGCAUCCUGGCCAGCCAGCACAAGGCCGCGGUGGUGUCCAGCCUCCUCAGCCACAGCCUCCCCCUGGACAGCUGCAGCUGCACCAUGUGGAGGGCGCUGGCCUCGGAGCCCACCCUGACCCCGCAGGUCCUGGAGCUGCUGCUGGACAAGGUGAACCGGGACGUCCCCUACAAGGAGAACAAGUCCUUCCUUCGAGGGAGCCGCUCGGAGCGCGUGGCCACCUUCUCCCCCCUCUCGGUGGGUGUCCCCCGGGGGCCCCUCCGCUCCCUUUCCCCUCCCAGUCGGCUGGGCCUGUGACGGGCAGGGGGGGCUGCCU